GCUGAUGGAGCCCUGGGCGAGGGCCCAUGGCAAACGGCCAUGGUCUUCCCUUGCCGAAACCUCCGUGCGGGCGCAUACGCCGGUGGGCAAGCGGGCACAAACUGGCGGCAAGGCGUCAGUCAUCGGGCUUCGAAGGGAAGACAAGAACAAGUGGGAGCGACGGGCUCCGCUGGCGCCUCGACAUGUGGACGAGCUGGUGAAGCAAGGCCUCAAGGUCGUCGUCCAGCCUUGCACCCGGCGUGUCUUCACCGACGUUGAGUACCUCGAAGCGGGGGCCGAGAUCAAAGAGGACCUUUCAGAGUGCUCCACCAUCUUGGCCGUCAAAGAGGUGCCACCCGAGCUCCUUUUGCCAGGGAGGACUUGGUGUUUCUUCUCCCACACCAUCAAGGCCCAGCCUUCUGGGAUGCCUCUCUUGGAUGCUGCCUUGCAAAAGAAGGUCCGCUUGCUGGACUACGAAUGCAUCACCGGCACCGGCGCGCGAGGAGGGCCUCGCCUUGUGGCGUUUGGCGCCUUUGCCGGCUACGCCGGAGCCAUAGACUUUCUACGAGGACUCGGCGAGAGGUUUCUUUCUCUUGGCUACAGCACGCCGCUCCUCCACAUCGGAUCAGCCUUCAUGUACCCAACUCUCGAGGAGGCGAAACGCGCUGUUUCCCUGGCGGGUGAGGCGAUCCGAAAGCACGGCUUGCCAAAGGCGCUGUGCCCCUUCACUGCCGUCUUCACCGGGACGGGCAAUGUUAGCCAGGGCGCCCUGGAGAUUUUCAAGUUGCUGCCACACGAGCUGGUCAGCCCAUCUACACUGCCGCAGCUCUGCGAGAAGGCCGACAGCGGCCUCAUGCAACGUGAGGAUUGCCACAAGCUGUACUUGUCCAUUGCGACUGCUGAGCACAUGGUGAAGCGUCGGGAUGGCGGGGCCUUCGACAAGGAGGGCUACUACAGCCAGCCGGAGAACUACCAACCCACGUUUCAGGAUGCCGUGCUCCCCUAUGCGACCGUGAUCUUGAACGGCAUGUACUGGGACGCACGCUUUCCCAAGCUGUUCACAAGAGAUGAUCUGCAUCGACACGUGGAGGGAGGUCGGGACAAGCUGCUAGGCGUCUGCGACAUCACUUGCGAUGCAGAUGGGUCUGUGCCCACGCGACAGUUCGCAAGUAUUGAGCAACCCUUCCACAUUCUGAACGCCAUGACGGGCCAGCUCUCGGACUGUUUGGAUGAUCCAGGAGUACUUUUUCACGCAGUUGACCACUUGCCAUCGGAACUUCCCCGCGAGUCCUCCGAGCACUUUGGCGAUUGCCUGGUGCCCUUCCUGCCCUACUUGGCGGAGGAGCUGGCACUUAUGGAGCCUGGCUCCACGGACCAGCUCGCAGGCUCUGCCAAAAUGCCGAUGCCCAUCCGUGGCGCCAUCAUCGCGGAGGGCGGAGCACUGACACGGGAGUACCGCUACAUCCAGCAACUUCGAGAUGUGAGGCAAGGAAAGGUGGUAGCUGCCGAGGAUGAGAGUGCGGCGGAGUUGCCGGCGGCACCCUCCUGCUGCACGCUGGAGCUUACCGGCCAUCUCUUCGACUCACGCCUCAUAAACAAGGUUGCAGAUCUCUGCGAGCAAGGGCGUGCACGCAUGCACAUCCUGUUGCUGGACGUUGGCCGGUCCGUUCGCGACGAGAGCUUUCUGUCCGUCAUGGUCAUGGCCCACUCCGACUCUUGUUUGCCAUAUACACCGAAAGAGUCACUGUACCUGCAUGGACCUACAUAG